AUGCGUCGUGAUGUCCUAGUGAUUGCAGUAGUAGCCGGCCUUGCCUAUGCAAAUGACCCGGCUCCGGUGUCAUUUGAUGCCGGAGAGUGGCUUGGGAUCGAUGGCAACUGGUCAACCAUCAAAGUCUUGCUGGGUUCAAACUCGGAUCUCGUCAAUGUUCUCUUGAGCACGUCACUUUCCGAAUUUUGGGCCGUUGGACCUGGAGGCUGUUUGAAAAAGGAACCGCAUUGCACCGCCGCUCGCGGUGGCAUUUACACUCCGUUUGGAUCUAAACAUUGGUCGUCUAUGGGAAUUUGGCAACUUGGCUUGGAUUACUUGGGCUAUGGUGGAAACGGCCAAUAUGGGUUGGACACAGUCAAUGCAUACAGCACAAUUACCGACAUUGGAUUCGGCAUGUCCAACGUUCUCAUGUCCGCCAUCAACACAACAGACUAUUAUUUGGGUUUCUUUGGCCUCGGUAUUACACAGGGCAAUUUUGGCCACGAAGUUGCUCAAUCACCUUUAACACAAGCUGUCCAUACCUUUGGAUGGAUUCCUAGUUAUAGCUAUGGCUAUACCGCGGGUGCCUCAUAUCGAAAUAUGCCCGUAUCGAUUACCUUGGGCGGCUAUGACACAGCUAGAUAUGUGCCACACAGCAUCGACUUCACCUUGACUCCGCAGGAUAACAUGCCUCGCGCCUUAAUUAGAGGCAUCGAAGCAACUGUGAAUAACAGCGCCGCUAAGCCCAAGAAGUGGCCGUCAGAAACAACAAGUCUUUCAGGAUGGAAUAACUCAUUUACGGCCCUGAUUGAUAGCACCACUCCAUACUUGUGGUUACCCAAUGCCGUCUGUGACGAGUUUGCAAAUGCAUUCAACUUGACGUAUAACAAAACAUUUGAUCUAUACACCCUUACGAACGAACACUUUUCGAGCUUUGACAACCAUGACAAUUUUGGGUCUCCUUUGGAUGUUCCGGGCUUGGUGAACAUCACUGUGCCAAUGCGAGCAUUCGUCAGCCUCUUGCAAUACCCUUUUAUGCACCAGACCAUCAAAUAUGGAGACCCUGCUGUUCCAUAUUUUGCGCUGCGGAGGUCUGAAAAUGAUUCCGCAAUCAUCAUCGGCCGAUCGUUUCUGCAGGAAGCCUAUUUGAUAACAAAAUACGACGAGGCCGUAUUCUCAGUUCAUCAGGCCAAAUUUCCUCAGGAACCUAUAGCUGGCGCAAAUCUGAUGCCAAUUAAACAACCAAAUAAUAGCCCUUAUCCGGGACCGCCGAAACAGACAGGUAGCAGGCUGAGCACCGGACAAAUGGUUGGCAUUGCCGUUGGCGCCAUUCUACUAUGCUUAUUCUGUCUUGUGAGCGUUUGCUAUCUCUGCCGCCGAAGAAAAUUGCAGGAGAAGGGCGAAGAGGCAACAAUCAAGGAAACCAAAGACAGCGCAUCAACGAUAGUUCCGGACACACCAAGAAUACCGAAGCCCGCCCUAUUCUACAAAUUUACACGUCGCAAAAGGGUACAAAGCGACGUGACCAAGUCUGCCACCACUGCCGUUCUCUCUCAUUGUAUGGAGGCUCCAGAUUCGGAAAUCUACGAACUUCCAGCCCCGAUGGCUCCCGUGGAACUUGAUGCUAGCGAUGGAGAAGACGACGGUUCAAUAAUUUGCGACACUGUUCCCGGCACAGACACCAUGAGGAGCCUUAGCGCAUAUGAAGUAGCGAAGAGGAAGAUUAACCGACAACUUCAGGGGCCUGCCCCUGAAUACUCACCGCCGCAGCUAGGGAUUGUGCUGCCUCAAGAAAAGCCGAUUUCACAUACUAUUGGCUCAGUGUAUGCGACCUGGAGCGGAGAAACAACUCCUGUCUCGCCAAUCAAAACUGGAUCGGGAACCGGCUCGCUUCCAACAUCGCUACCCUCACCAAUCUCUUCUGGGUCGGGAUAUAAUAGUCUGGCGAGUCCAGUUGUUGCGGCUCAGCUUUCAGACGAUAGCUCAAGAGAUAUGGACGUGCAGAAUGACGAGGAUGAUACGCAACUGGAGACUGAUGGGUCAAACUCCCAGCACGUGGAGAUUCAGGAGCACAAUUCUUCCUCAAUGGCGUGCCAAAAGACUCCAAUUGACCCAACAAACAUUGUCUGUUUGGGCAACCUCCCAGACAAUCUCAAAUCGCUCAGACAUAGUAUCAUGUUGGCGCAAAUCGUGAGCCAAGAGAACCGCGACAGCAUCAGUAGUUUUACACCUCGCUUCAAGGCUGAAUUCCAUCUUUCCGAGCAGAGUCUAGGGAGCAAUUAUACUGAUGAGGAGGAACGAAUCAUGGGUGAAAUGACGCGGCAAGCCACCUUCUCCCUUGCCCGGUCAAAAGGGGAGGAAUCCUCAGUCGAGUCUACAGGAGAACACAGGAAAGACCACUCUUUCAAUCAGGAGACAAAUAGUCCCCAUUCUUCACGAGGAGAGGAACGAAUAGAUGGAAUUGACCUCAUUCAUGUCCCACAGAUGGCAGAGAAGCGAUAUAGCUGGGAAGAUUGA